CGUCACUUAUGACCGGCACAUCUUUGUCAGUGAACAAAAUGGCAACCUACUGUCUGACCGUCUCCAGGCUGCAGGUGGCCCUGGGCCACGGUGCACGACGCCUGCAUGUAUCAGCCGCUUACAGAGCCAAGGCCAAUGUGUCUAUGAGCCGGUUUGAGCCCACUUCUUUCGUCAACUACGAGAAGCUCCAGUCUAACAUUGACAUUGUUAGAAAAAGACUCAAUCGGCCGCUCACGUUGUCAGAGAAGAUCGUUUAUGGCCACCUUGAUGACCCCCACAACCAGGAUAUCGAUCGUGGUCGCACUUACCUGCGGCUGCGUCCCGACCGCGUGGCCAUGCAGGACGCCACGGCCCAGAUGGCGAUGCUCCAGUUCAUCAGCAGUGGUCUGCCACAAGUGGCCGUGCCCUCCACCAUCCACUGUGAUCACUUGAUAGAGGCCCAGAUCGGAGGGGAAAAGGAUCUGGCCAGGGCAAAGGAAGUCAACCAUGAGGUGUACAACUUCCUGUCCAGUGCUGGGGCAAAAUAUGGAGUGGGUUUCUGGAAACCAGGAUCUGGAAUCAUUCAUCAGAUUAUCCUAGAGAACUACGCCUACCCAGGAGUGAUGCUCAUCGGCACAGAUUCCCACACACCAAACGGUGGUGGACUUGGUGCAAUCUGCAUUGGAGUUGGAGGAGCUGAUGCUGUGGAUGUGAUGGCAGGAAUUCCAUGGGAGCUCAAGUGCCCCAAUGUCAUUGGAGUGAAGCUGACAGGAACACUCUCAGGCUGGACGUCCCCCAAGGAUGUCAUCUUGAAGGUGGCCGGCAUCCUGACAGUGAAGGGAGGCACUGGAGCCAUCGUGGAAUAUCACGGACCAGGAGUCGACUCCAUUUCCUGCACUGGAAUGGCCACCAUUUGCAACAUGGGAGCAGAAAUUGGAGCCACAACCUCAGUAUUCCCCUACAACCACCGCAUGAGGACCUACUUGGAGAAGACUGGACGUGGACAGAUCGCCUCCAUGGCUGAUGAAUACUCAGACUUGUUGGUACCAGACGAAGGUUGCGAGUACGAUCAGCUCAUUGAGCUCAAUCUGGAUGAGCUGAAGCCUCACAUCAAUGGACCAUUCACCCCUGAUCUGGCUCACCCAGUGUCUGAAGUGGGUUCUGUAGCUGAGAAGAGCGGCUGGCCACUGGAGGUCAAAGUUGGUCUGAUCGGCAGCUGUACCAACUCCAGCUAUGAGGACAUGGGCCGCGCUGCUUCUGUGGCCAAGCAGGCUUUGGAUAAAGGCCUGAAGUGCAAAGCUCAGUUCACAGUCACCCCCGGCUCCGAGCAGAUCCGUGCCACCAUCGAGAGAGAUGGAUAUUCAAAGGUCCUUAGAGAUGUUGGUGGUGUGGUCCUGGCAAACGCAUGUGGGCCCUGCAUUGGACAAUGGGACAGACGUGAUGUGAAAAAGGGAGAGGCGAACACGAUCGUCACCUCCUUCAACAGAAACUUCACUGCCAGGAACGAUGCCAACCCUGCAACACAUGCCUUUGUCACCUCCCCGGAGAUCGUCACCGCCCUUGCCAUUGCUGGCACAUUAAACUUCAACCCAGAGACAGACUACCUUACUGCCCCAAACGGUGAGAAGUUCAAGCUUGAACCCCCCAAUGGAGAUGAACUCCCGGCCAAGGACUUUGACCCAGGCCAGGACACCUACCAGCACCCACCUCCUGAUGGCAGCAGCAUCAAAGUGGACGUCAGCCCUCAGAGCAACCGGCUACAGCUGCUUGAGCCCUUCGACAAAUGGAGCGGCAGUGACCUGGAGGACUUGCAGGUCCUCAUCAAGGUGAAGGGAAAGUGCACCACAGAUCACAUCAGCGCCGCCGGACCAUGGCUGAAGUUCCGCGGUCACCUGGACAACAUUUCCAACAACAUGCUGAUUGGGGCAGUUAACAGCGAGAACAAUGCCAUCAACAAGAUUAAAAACCACAUGACAGGAGAGUAUGGAGGAGUCCCUGAUGUUGCCCGUCACUACAAGGCCAACACUUUGUCUUGGGUUGUGGUCGGAGAUGACAACUACGGCGAGGGCUCCAGCAGGGAGCAUGCAGCUCUGGAGCCCAGGCAUCUGGGAGGGAGAGCCAUCAUCGUCAAGAGCUUUGCCAGAAUUCACGAAACUAACCUGAAGAAGCAGGGUCUUCUCCCAUUGACCUUCAGCAACCCAUCAGACUACGACAAGAUCCGCCCUGACGACAAGAUCUCCAUCAAGGGACUCAAAACCUUCACUCCAGGAACGCCUCUGACCGCACUAGUAAAGCACAGCGACGGCAGCGAGGAGACCUUUGAGCUCAACCACAGCUUCAACGAGACACAGAUCGAAUGGUUCCAGGCAGGCUCCGCCCUCAACAGGAUGAAGGCGCUAAAGCACUGAGGAAGAGGAGCGAGGAGAGACAGCGUGAAGGAGGAUGAGGAUUAUCAGGGGGAAAACAGGGGGGUGAGAAUCGUGCGGGAUGAAGGGCGAUGAAGACCGUUGACGAGCGCUCCAUCAUCUGCAUUAGCACGCACUUUGGACUGAAGUAAUGUGUCGGUAUACCUCGGAAAGUUAAAUGUGAGUAAAUUACUUCAGACUAAGUGGCAAGCUGAUGUCGAUCAUGGACCAUGGCGACGUUUCAGAGCCAAACAGUGAUAACUGGGUAGAGAGACACACACACAUACACUCUGACACACUAAGCUUUCACCCGGUUGGUGAUGUAAUCCACUGCCAGUGUUUUUGCAGCUGUACAAACAGGUCAGUUGAGCGUGGAAGCCUCUUCACUCUGCAGCUGGAGGAUGGCAGUCAGUCACCUUGUUGUGUAGAAUUGCGUUGCACAUUGCAUGGAACUAAUCAGCUUUAGCCAACCAUUGUGAUUCAAUCUGCUCCUGUAUUAUUUAAAGUCCUCACUGAGAUACGACAACAUUGCUAUAGUUUGCGCCUGGGUCCUUUUAUUGUUUUGUGAAGCUGUACAUGCAGUGAUCUUGUUGUUCCAGAAAUUUGUCUUUGCACAAUUCAUUUAUCCACUCAAUUACUUCUGAGAUAGCCUGCCACCUAAUGGUUAUAGGGAGGAACUGUUGUGUCCACAAGCUAAUUUGACCUAAAUCAAAGCUGCACCUAAUGACAGCAGUCUCUCCUGCUUUUGAAAUGUAUCCUGGGAAACGUAGGAAGUCACACACAAAAGAAUGAGGCAGUUGGACUUAACGACUGAAUUAAGAUGAAAGAGCAUAACUUGUGGGAUGUAUUGAUCACAGAUUGAUUAUUGUCUAAUAGUGUGACCAUGUUUAGUGUUACAGUAAUGCUGUCAUCCACCACAGGGCAUAUUGUCAUUAUUACAAAAGGUUACAGAGAAGAAUCAUAUGUAUUUCUUCACAUUCAAAUGUACUGGUACGCUUUAAUACUAUGUAAGAAUAGUUGAAUUUACCCACUUCUUCCCCGACACCAUUCUUAUUCCACCCCCGACCAAUCCUCAAACCUCUACAAGGUCAAACACACCAUAUGUUUUCCCAUUGUUUAUUUAUUUAAACUUUUUCUCCUGCAGAAAGGUCCUGAUUUUGCAUGAAUUUUCAAAAAGGUUUCUGUUUUUUCUUUAAAAAUGAAGGAACAGCAUAUAAGUUUUGAAAUAUUGGAGGAAAAACUGACAACUGAUGUUAUACUGUAAAUCACCACUUGAUGUAAGUACUCCAGAUUACUGUGUCACAUGGUUGGAUAUGAUUGACCUGAAAUUCAUUCAAAACCUCAUGGGAGGUUAUAUCUGAUUCUUUUAGUCCACAUGUGGACCUUUACUUCCUCAGUACCUGCUAACAAAAUGUUGAAUCAACAAGUGAAUCAAAUGAAGGUUCACUUCCACUUCAUUCUUGUAUCCCUCUCUGUGGAAAGUAUCUGCUUCCAUGUACAUUUAUGUGUUGGUUUUU